GCGCGAACGGCGGUCUCCGGGCGCGCGCUCGCGGCAGCCCGACUCACCCCUAGUUGGCGAGGCUGGCGUGCGCUGCCCCGCGGCCCCCGAGCGCGCGCCUCUCCGGCUCCGGCUCCGGCUUCCCCAACCAGGCUUAUUAUGGCUCCCGACCCGGUGCAGACCCCUGACCCGGCCUCCGCCCAGCUCCGCCAAAUGCGCUACUUUACUUGGGAGGAGGUGGCACAGCGCUCCGGGAGGGAGAAGGAGCGAUGGCUCGUGAUCGACCGGAAGGUGUACAACAUCAGCGACUUCAUUCGCCGCCACCCGGGAGGCUCCCGGGUCAUCAGCCACUACGCUGGUCAGGAUGCCACGGAUCCUUUUGUGGCAUUCCACAUUAACAAGGGCCUUGUGAGAAAGUAUAUGAACUCUCUUCUGAUUGGAGAACUAGCUCCGGAGCAGCCCAGCUUUGAACCCACCAAGAAUCUACCUCCCUGGGAGGGUCUCUUCAAGGGCUGGGGUGCCACUGAGAAGAAUUCCAGCCCCUGUCUCCCACAGAAGGCGCUCACUGAUGAAUUCCGGGAGCUGCGGGCCACAGUGGAGCGAAUGGGCCUCAUGAAAGCCAACCAUCUCUUCUUCCUCUUCUAUCUGCUGCACAUCCUGCUGCUGGACGUGGCCGCCUGGCUCACUCUUUGGAUCUUUGGAACUUCCUUGGUGCCCUUCACCCUCUGUGCAGUGCUGCUCAGUACAGUUCAGGCCCAGGCAGGUUGGCUACAGCAUGACUUUGGGCACCUGUCCGUCUUCAGCACCUCAACAUGGAAUCACCUGGUACAUCAUUUUGUCAUUGGCCACCUGAAGGGGGCCCCAGCCAGCUGGUGGAACCACAUGCAUUUCCAGCACCACGCCAAGCCCAACUGCUUCCGCAAAGACCCCGAUAUCAACAUGCAUCCCCUCUUCUUCGCCCUGGGGAAGGUCCUUUCUGUGGAGCUUGGGAAAGAAAAGAAGAAGCACAUGCCAUACAACCAUCAGCACAAGUACUUCUUCCUGAUUGGACCCCCAGCCUUGCUGCCUCUCUACUUCCAGUGGUACAUUUUCUAUUUUGUUGUUCAGCGGAAGAAAUGGGUGGACUUGGCCUGGAUGCUCAGCUUCUAUGCCCGAGUCUUCUUCACUUACAUGCCGCUGCUGGGGCUGAAAGGCUUCCUAUGUCUUUUCUUCAUUGUCAGGUUCCUGGAGAGCAACUGGUUUGUGUGGGUGACGCAGAUGAACCAUAUCCCCAUGCACAUUGAUCAUGACCGGAAUGUGGACUGGGUCUCCACCCAGCUACAGGCUACCUGCAACGUUCACCAGUCAGCCUUCAACAACUGGUUCAGUGGCCACCUCAAUUUCCAGAUUGAACACCACCUCUUCCCUACCAUGCCUCGACACAACUACCACAAGGUGGCACCCCUGGUACAAUCUCUGUGUGCCAAGUACGGCAUCAAGUAUGAGUCCAAGCCCCUGCUCACGGCCUUCGCGGACAUUGUUUACUCCCUGAAGGAGUCAGGACAGCUCUGGCUGGAUGCUUACCUUCACCAAUAGCAGCAGACCUCCACAUGGAGGAGGAAGAGGACGAUUGGAGCCAAAGCAGGAGUUUGGGGGACAAUGCCACUAUGAAUCUAAUGUUUAAAAGGUUAGGGAACGUAGAUAUUUCUACUCACACCUGCCCCCUUGGCCUUCUGGAUACCAAACUUGAGAGCGGAGAACUGUUGGGGCAGGGAUGCAAAAUUGUUGUUUCUUCUACUUUGGCAGGGGCAAAUGGUGGUACCUAUAGAGCCCUGCAUGAAGUAGGGACCUCACACUAGACAUCCCCUCUUGUAAAGUACAAGCCCAUCUCCCUGGGCUAUCUGAUUCUCACCCUCCUUCUUAGUCCGAGGAACAGCGUGACCCCUUGGAAUGAGAUUUAGAAAGAGGGCAUUCAUGCACAGAAUUCUGGGGCCUGGCACAGCUCCCUGCCCAGGAGCUCAGCUUGCUGCUGAGGGCUGGGUGUGACCAUGUCUGCCUCCGGCUGCUGGGAGAAGCUGUUUUUCAGUCUCAGAAGCAGGCGGGGCAAAGGCCAGGACUGUGGUUUGGGAGGCAUUUGGCCCUGGAAGAUCCUGGCACACACAAUUCUUGAGUCUCAUUCCAUCCGGGUUCCAGAGAGAACAUUAGAUCUUUAGAUCUUAGCUCUUGACAAAAUGUGAUGGCAGAGUUACCGGCCUUUGAUUCAUCUCUUCUAAUCAGUCCCCAAGGAAUACGUAAACAAAGAACGAGGUCUUUCCUCCUACUGAAGAUUCCCAGAGUUUCCUUUUGCUCCCCAACCUGUAGUUCUAAGUUCAACAAAACAGUCAUCAACGAAAGUGACGGAGGCUUCCAUCAGUGUCAGGGCUCUGUGCAGACCCAGAAUCCCUGUUCCCUAUGUCAUGUUCCAGCAUUGUAUAGCACGGUUCCAUGUCACAAACAGAAAGGUUAGGAACACUGAGGUCUGUGAAUGUCACUGCUGCAGCGAGGUCAUGUCACUCCUCUGUCUACUCUGUCAAGUGUCUUACUCUACUGGACGCCAGAUAGAAACUUAAGGUAACUUCUGACAUGUGUCAGUCUAACAAUAAACUAGGGCUUCGUCAUCUUCUGGUUGGUAAAAGAUGUGGUCCAGAGAACGUAGGAACGUGCCUGGAGAGACCUAAUGUGCUCUUGUUCUGCAAACCCAUGGGCAUUAUUUCCCUCUCCGCUCAAGAGCUCAUACUGGAAGCAUGCUGACCACCUGGCUGGAAUUCGAAAACCUCAGGCCUGAAGGCAAAGUGCAGCACAUGUCUGUGGAGAAAUGGCAAGCGGUCGAGAUGAGGGUGUUAAAGGAUACUGGGGUAUGGCAUAGAGACAGGCAGGUUGCAGAAAAGCUCAGAUCUUUCCCCGUGGUUGGCUGUGCUAGAAAAACUGAAGCAGAGCAUAGGAAAAAGCGGGAUUAAAGAGUAUACCUUUAUUAGCUCCUUCCCUCCAGAAUAGGUGCAAAUCCCUCCCCAUGCCCGUUCCCUGCCACCUGGGGUAAGGAUGUGGCACUGCCAGUCUGUCAAGCCCACUGGCUUUGAGUCUUCAGCUGCCAGUCUGAGCAAAUACCAGCGAGCUCUGUUGAACCAAGACCAGGCCUUCAGAGCAUCUGAACCACUGUGGCCUUCUCUCCUCAGCCUUCACUGUGGCUUUUGCCUAGCCACGGGGGACAUGGAGCAACCAGACUCAGAAUGUGACAGUGGUGAAAUGAGAUAUCUCAAAUCCACUGACAGAUAAGAAAACAGGGUUAGAGGGACAGUCACCUCUGUCACGUAGAGGCAGAAUACACGAACUUAACUCUAGUUUCCAUGCCUGUCUUUAUUACCUUCAUCUUUCUACUUCCUGGCCACAGGCGUUUCACUUAAUUGAGCCUAAUGUCAGUGUGUGUCAAUGUCGUUACCACAUUCUGAUGAAGCUAAAAAAUAAAAUUUAAUUUGGGCCAAAA